AUGCUCAAAAAUUCGGCAUUGCUCAUGUUAAAUUUUUUUGGAUUUGGAUUUUUGCAAGCAAAUUUGGACUGUAAUUUGUGCACCAGUUUUAAUAUUGAAAAUGUGAGUUUUUUGAAAAUUUUGCUCUGAAAUUCAAAAUUUUCCAGCACUACGGUAGCUUUUUCGAUAAUCCGAGAGAAGUACAAAAAAGUUAUGUGAAGCGGCAGAAUUUCAUGGAUUGCUCAGGGUAAGUGGGGGAAUUUUGGGGAGGCAAAAAAAAAUUUGAAAAUUUAAUUUUAGGAAAAAAAUUGCGACACAAAAAUGUGAUGGCAUGUGUUUCUCAUUAAAUGUUUCGACGAAUCGCGGAGAAAUUUCGGAUUUUGGUGAGUAG